CAGAAGCUCACAGGUCAGAGAAGAAAUUUUCGGAAUAAAAAAAUAAAUAUAACAAGUUUUCAAAAAUAACUCCGCACCAAACCCAUUUAACCAAAUCAAAAGCUUAAAGCAGUGAAUAGUGUUAUUUUUAAAAAUUUAGCACAAAUAAAAAGUUCGGGAAUUCAACGCUUUUUGAACAGCAGUUUUAGGCAAUUCGUGCCAACGCAAAUAAAAUCAAAUCAACUCGAGGCGAUCUGGCAUCUCUGGCUGCAGGGCUAUCUCCGAUAAACCGACGUUCAUUGCGCGCGAAAACAGUCAAUCGCUUCUCAAUCGGCGAGAUUUGUUUUUUUCGGCUGCUGUUGCUGUUUUAGUUGAGGGAUUGGUCACCGGAAACGCAUCCAUGGUGCAGAUCUGCGUGCUGUGCCUCAGCGGCGAGCGGGACGAGCUGAUCUUCGGCACUGUGCACGUGGAGGGCAACAUGAUGGUGCACCGCAACUGCUUGUACCUCAGCUCGAAUCUCAUCCAGCGUGGCGAAAAGAAAUUGAGCAUCAUGAACUUCCUCAAGGAGGACAUCGAAGCGGAGGUCAACCGCUGCCGUUUGCUUAAGUGUUGCUAUUGCCGCCGCUUGGGCGCCAAUAUUUGGUGCUGCAAGUCGGGGUGCCGUCGCACCUUCCAUACCAAGUGCGGCGUCGAUAAUCUGGCCCAGAACCAGUUCUGCGACACGUACAACUCGUUCUGCCAUCAGCAUGUGCUGGUGCCUCGAAACCGUCCGGUGUUCAAGAAUGACGAGGAAUGUCUCCUAUGCGCGGAGGACGUGGUUGCCAAGGGCGAGCGCUUCAGCGUGGUGACCUGCCUAUACGCGCCGUGCUGCCGCAAUGGAUGGUUCCACCGCAGGUGCCUGCAGCGCUACGCCAACUCGUCCGGCUACUUCUUCAAGUGCCCGCUGUGCAACAACACAGAUGUGUUCCGCAGGGUGGCUUAUAUGGGCAUCGCGGUGCUGGACCAAGACGCUUCCUGGGAGACCGAGCCGGACGCCUUUGCUGGGCAGUACCGCCGCGAUGUCAAUUGUACGGCCGCGUUGUGCGUUGCGGUCUCUGGUCGCGCCGACACUUCCGCCAUGCUGCUGUACUGCACCUCAUGUGGCGCCAAUCCGUCACAUUACCUUUGCACGUUGAAGACUCUCCAAAACUACGUCUGCAAGGUUUGCUCAGCCGUCAGCCCGGAGGCAGUGCCCGUUGCCGAAUCGGACUCGGAUGACGCCGGCUCAAUGGACGACUCGGCCGAAGCCCCACGUCCAGGUCACCUAAAUGGUGAUCAGAUUCAAGAGAAGCUAUCACCCUCCCAUUGGGAUGAUUUCGGCUCCUCCGACGAUGAUGCCGUCUUUCAGCGUGCGUUCGAUACCAAAGUGCAGAGUCGCGUGGUGACCCUCUCCGAUGAUCAACCAUCUACUUCUGCGGGGGCACGCGCUUUAGCCGAUCGUGGAACUCGCACAUUUGAAUCACAGGGAACGCAAACAACAUUUCUCUCAAGUGUAGUAACCUCGUUUCGCUCUGCUACUGCAACUGCGACAUCAUCCACAUCCACAUCCACAUCCACAUCCGCAUCGACACUUGAUAACCAAGAAAACACUGAGCCGUCCACAUCGAAUGGACGUCGUCCCUGGCGCCCUAGAUACGUCUCGCCGCCUAGACACGUGUCGGAUAGCGAUGACGAUAGUGAUGAAUAUGAUAGUGAUGAAUAUGAGUCGAAGAGGCGCCAACUUACGCCCACUGCCGCUGCGCCGUCGAAUGGCAGGCGUCUGUUGGGCUCCAUCUCGCCGGAGCCGAGCACUCCUGCUCCACGUGUCUUACGUCGCCGCACUUUGGCCAACAGGCCUUCCUCACUCGCCAACAUGGAUAUAUCCUGUGUGGCCAAUAGGACCCGCCACCGCUUGUCCAACCACAUGGCCAGCCGCAAGGAUUAGGAGAACAGAUGACAUUACAAUAGAUCACACUCGCACAAAUCCAUGUACACGGCAAGAUCAAUAUGGAUAUAUCCUGAGUGGGCAGGAUACCCGCAGGGACUAGGAGAACAGAUGACAACAUCACGAUACAUAACACUUGCACAUUCCAUUAACCAUCACAUCGACUAGGUUGUGGACCAAAUGCGUGCGUUUGGUUCGCACCCGUUAUUCUCUAUUUUCCGCCUUUUGUACAUAUAAAAUUCCAUUAAAAUCCUGUUCUCCUAGCGGUAUUCGCUAAUAAGAUGCAUUUACCAUUUAUUUGCUUUGUUAAGUAAGCUAAGUAAGUGCUCCUUUCCACACGUAUAAAUAACUUGUAUACAUAUUUACUUUAAGUAGCUGUAGACAUUAUUUUCCCCAUCUGACUUUCUUUUCAGCAGCUCGCAGUGCCUACAUUAUUUCAAUUACUCUAAGCAUUACAUUUUUUUGACUAGCGAUCUAAGAAUCCCUGAAUCCAGUAUCUGUAUCAAGAAUCCCAGUAUCUGAACGCUAAAAUGAAAUAAAUAAAAUUAAAAUAUUUGAAAAAU